AUGCUUGAUACUCAAUCUGACUAUUUCACAUCCGCUACUCUUGCCAACACCAGCAUCAACACAUUCACAGUAACCACACCCACAAGCAUUGAUUUUAAUGAUCAGAUUGAAAAUGACGAUUGGAAAUGGGAAGAAGGUCUUCGACUCAUUGAAGAAUUUGGUAAUUGGACAAGCGGCAACGAUAAAUUGGACAAUUUCAUUCAACAAACACAACUAGAAAAUCCAGAUCAAGAUUAUCAUUUAAAAUGGAUACCUUUUGAGAAUUUCAGUGAAGUAAAGUUCUUGGAGAAAGGUGGAUUCAGUACUGUAUUUUCAGCAAUUUGGUUGGAUAAAACUGAUCAAGUUUGGUGUGAAUAUAAAAAAAAAUUCAUAGAGAAGCCACUUGUGGUUGCAUUGAAAUCUUUAAAAAACUCACAAGAUCUUAGCGAAGAUUUUUUAGACGAGAUUAAACGACAUGGAAGUCUUAAAUUAGAUGGUUGUCGUUAUCUUGUUCAUUGCCACGGCAUAACCAAGAAUCCAGAAACAAAUGAAUUUAUGAUGGUUAUGAAUUUUGCUGAUGAAGGAAACCUAAGAAACUAUAUAAGAAGAAACAUGGGAACUCUGAAAUGGAAGGAUGUUGUAGAAAUAUUAAGUAAUAUUGCCAUGGGUCUCUUGGAUAUUCAUAAAAGUGCAACAUUUCACAAGAAUCUUCAUUGUGGAAACAUUCUAAAAUACUCUAUUUUCAAUAUCGCCGAUUUUGGUUUAAGUGGACCAUCAGGAACAUCUAACCCAAAAGGUGUAUACGGUUCUCUACCUUUAGUUGCUCCUGAAAACAGACCCGAUGCAGAAGAAUUGGUUGACAUUCUAACAACACCCUAUGCUUAUCAUCGACGUCUUCUUGGCUUAGACGAGGAUUCGUUGAAUGGUUUAGAGGAUAUUAAUGAUCUUAAUUCAUUCGAUGAAAUAUUAAACUCACACAUUACAAACGUAAGAUAUCCAGUUGCACCGGAUACACAUCCAUUCGCUAUCUACACAAGCGACUUUUUAUUAUUUCCAAAUCUACCUGCACCCACCAAUUCCAUAGCAAUUUCUGAUCCAUCAGAGGAGAAGGACGAACCAAUAUCAUCAUCGCCACCAUUUUUCAGCAUUAAUAACAGUAACUUUUUAGAUCAAGUGAAUUUGGCCUUUGAAGAAUAUGAUACUAACUUCCCACCACCAGAACUUUCAGAACCAGAAACUGAUAAUGAAGCAGAAGAUGAGAUUUUUAUCCCACCACCUUCGUUUCCGAUAAUGAGAAGAAAAUCAAUUGCACCACAACCAGUGUUUUAA